GGGGUCACCUGUCAUAAGCACUAUUCAAAACCAGGAACCAAGGUGUGGUCUGAGCUCCUUUAAGCUCAACAGUUUGGGGGCUCCUGGUGAAUCCCCAGAGAAGAGGCCAGAAGAGGAGGAUGGAAGGGGGGUGGCCUUUGGAGGGGGGAGUCCUCCUCUGCCUCACUGUCAGCCUUCUGCUUCCAGGAGGAGGCAAAGCUUUCACCAUCAAUUGCUCUGGCUUUGACCAGUAUGGGGUGGAUCCUGCUGCCUUCCAAGCAGUGUUUGACAGAAAGGCCUUCCGUCCAGUCGUCAACAACAGCAUUCCCACUCAAGUCAACAUCUCCUUCACCCUGUCUGCCAUCCUGGAAGUGAAUGCACAGCUCCAGCUUCUGACAUCAUUCCUGUGGAUGAAUUUGAUGUGGGACAAUCCUUUAAUCAGCUGGAACCCGGAAGAGUGCGUCAGCCUCAAAAGACUCACUGUCUCAGCUGAAAACCUGUGGAUCCCAGACAUCUUCAUCUUGGAAUCCAUGGAUGUGAAUCGAGCACCACCAGGUCUCACCGCCUUUGUCAACAGUGAAGGUCGAAUGAAGUACGACAGGCCAGUGCGGGUGACCAGCAUCUGUAACCUGGACAUCUUCUACUUUCCUUUCGACCAACAGAACUGCACGCUCACCUUCAGCUCAUUCCUCUACACAGUGGACAGCAUGCUACUGGGCAUGGACAAGGAGGUGUGGGAGAUAACAGAUACAUCUCGUAACCUCAUCCAGACCCAGGGAGAGUGGGAGCUCCUGGGCAUCAACAAGGCCACCCCAAAGAUGUUGGUCGGCAGCAACCUAUAUGACCAGAUCACGUUCUAUGUGGCCAUCAGGCGCAGGCCCAGCCUCUAUGUCAUAAACCUCCUGGUGCCCAGUGGCUUUCUGGUUGUUAUCGACGCCCUCAGCUUCUAUAUUCCGGCAGAAAGCGAGAAUCGUGCCCCAUUCAAGAUGACACUUCUGCUGGGCUACAACGUCUUCCUGCUCAUGAUGAAUGACUUACUCCCAGCCAGUGGCACCCCCCUCAUCAGUGUGUACUUUGCCCUGUGUCUGUCCCUAAUGGUGGUCAGCCUCCUGGAGACCAUCUUCAUCACCUACCUGCUGCACCUGGCCACCACCCAGCCCCCACCCAUGCCUCAGUGGCUCCACUCUCUGCUUCUCUACUGGGCCAGCCCAAGGAAAUGCUACCCCUCUGUGCCCCAGAAGGGAAAUAAGGGCCUGGGCCCCACCCCCAACCACCUGCCUGGUAAGGGGAGUCAGCACUGCCCCCACUUCCUCUUCCCACACCUCCACUCCCUGCUUUGUCUCCUUCCCUGGCCCCCUCCCUCCCCAGGUGCACUUCAUGGCCCAUGGCUGAGUCUCUGUUUCUCUGUAGGCAUGAAGGAGCCCGUGGAGUUGGUGGGGAAGGUGGCAGGUCCCAGAGAGGCAGAGUUAACUGGGAGCCCUCAGUCAAGGGUCCAGGAGGAACAAGAGGCUCAGAGACAGCCCUUGGUCGACCUGUGGGUGCAGUUCAGCCACAUGAUGGACACCCUGCUCUUCCGCCUCUACCUGCUCUUCAUGGCCACCUCCGUGGUCACGGUCAUCGUCCUCUGGAACACCUAAGCAGAUAUCCACAUCCACUUCUCCCUGCAGACCACAGCUGCAGUUUCUCUUGGUGUUAGAGCCAGCCAGACCUGGGCCCCUUUUCUGAUCUUAGCUACUUAUCCCCAUUUAUAUUCCCCAUUUAUACUCCCCAAACUCCAACCCUAAGGAGCAGGUUCAGAACUGCCCCAAACAAAUUUCUGAUUUUUCAUAUGCCAUGGUUCUCAUUCCUAAACACUUUCAGUAUUCCUUAGCCACACCUAACUUCUGACUGUUAACAAUGGAGGUCAGGGUCAGCAGAGUCUCUCCUUGAUUGAUUGUCCCAAGAAACAGGAGGUUUCUUCAGGAGGUACUGGCUCCUCAGUACAUUUAGGGUAGGUUUACAAACACUGGAGCGAGAGUCUUCUUGCAGACACUCUGAUAGCUCACUCUAAACAACUGUAAUCUAAUGUGAUUUGAAGUCUUUCAGACACAUUUACAGAUUUUAAAAAAUGAAAAGGUCAAGUCUCAUUUGUAAGAAAUCACUGUAAAAUAUUUAUAAUUGCAAAAUGCUUCUUUCAUCAACCACUUUCAUUUCACUUGCCUUUACCUCUCUCAUUCCUGAAAUUGUUCUUUGAAAUAAAUGAUAUAUUGUAUCUCUCCCCACCUCCAGAGUUCACAAAAUCAAACAGGGAGGGCCUUCUGAAUAUAUGCUUGGGGGCACCUGUGUGGCUAAGUUGGUUAAGCGACUGACUCUUGACUUCCA